ACGUCAAUUUCGAACGCUAGACAUUUUAUUCGUUUCAUAUUUAUACGAGUUUAUAUGGAGGAAAUCUGUCCCAAAGAAAAAGAGUUUCGUGCACUUUUUAGUAGCAAGAGCGAAUGCCUAUGUUCUUCAUCAGGAGUCAUUGCUGAAGAUGCACUGUGUAGUACUUUAAAUCUGCCAUCAUGCGACAGGGCCAAGGACAUUCAGUACAGUCUCUAUUUGGAAAUUGUAUAUAAUCAUCUGAGAUUUGCUGUCGAUAAAGGUUUUUCCUGGCCACAAGUUUGUCAGAUCCCUUACAUUGCUGGGAGCUUGCUUCAGAGAGUUAAAGUACAAAAACUUCCCACGUUUCUGAAGUACCUCUUUACUCAGUCGAGCAAUUGGUCGCAGAUUCUCGGUCCUCGAAACUAUAAACUCUACAUGGAAUUCCUGUGCCAGAGCAUUGUACAACAUUUUCUGCUCUACAAGUAUGUCUUCAGUUUCGUACCCCGGAAGGUUCCCCAGCUUAAUCUCACCGUCUAUACACCCGUUGAACCCUAUUCACUGUCUGAAGGAAAACCGAUUGAAAUUUGGAACUACGAGCAGCAGUUCGCCGAAUUAGUGAACGAAGAACAGGAAUUGUUGAAGAAAUAUGAAAGUAUGGAAGCUAAAUGUACCCAAGAGAUGUUUGAUGAGGUUCUAGAUCAAACAGAGGGGGAUUUUGAGAAAGAGGAUGUUGAAACUCUGGUGAAGAAUGUGGCAUCAGUUUUCUGUGACAAAAUCCAAGAUACAUUGAUGGCUAGUGUUGAACAAAAACAUGAGGAAAUGCUGAUUAAUAUCAAGAAAGUCCUCCUACCUCGACCUCCUGCUCUUGGACCUUACACAAAACUGAAAGCAAGAGCUACAGCACAUCUCACGAAAAAACCUUCACAAAUCAGCAACAAUGAGAUUUGAACUCUCUACCAUCACGCUACCUGGCUGUUUGCUGCUUGUCUGACAAUAACUUAAUAAAUAUUAGGUUUUAUUUAUUUCAAACUCU